AUGCAGCCGGAGCAGUCGAAACGUGGGCGUCCGAGCGUCGCCUGUGCCAAUUGCCGAGCUGCCAGACGGGCCUGCGACGGCAAGUUCGCCGACUGCGCCAAGUACGUGUCGCUACCCACGACCGCCUCCGACGCUGCCGGCCCGUCCCAGCCAGCCUCGCCACCUCCGAGCCGGCCUGUUCGCUCCAAGGUGAGCCCGGGCGGCUCGGAGCAUCGCGGCGCUCCGAUUGCCCUCGCCGCCGAGCCGGCUUACUCGCCCGAGGAGGAGAUGCGCGACAGGACCGACCGACGCUACGAUCUCAAGCAGCGGCGGACGUCGGAAGAGGCGGUGGUCGCAGUGGGAGAGCAGCUGGCCUCCGCGGGCUGGGCGGCCGAUGCGGUCAUCGAGGAGGAUGGCAGGACGAGGAGCGGGCAGCUCGACUCCAAGCAGGCGGGCGGCCGGCUGAUGGAGCUGCUCGUCGUCGCCUUCGCCUCCGUGUCGCCGGACGCGCCGCUGUCCCUCCAGCUGGAGCAGGCGGCUGGCAGUCUGGGCCAAGCGGCCGUGCCCGACUUGAUGGCGUCCAAGCACUACGAGGGCGGCAUGACGACGGCGGCGGUCGCCUCCAACAACGGCUUCUCAUUCGCCCGCUCGCGCCUGGGCUGCUACUGCUCGCCGCCGCCGGGGGGGUCCUGCAUCCACAUCGGCUGGACCGGCCAGCUGAGCCUAGGCAAGGACGACGAGACGGCCGACGGCGAGACGACGUGGUUCGCGACGGCGCGCGGCCCGGAGGAGAAGAACGAGUCGACGAUCACGUGCGGCCCGACGACGCUGGUCAAGAACCACUACUCGGUGCCAGUCGAGUGGGUCAACUUGCACGAGCUCAACGACGAGUUUGCCAUCUUCAAGGCUUGGCCGAGCGAGCAAAACCGCGUCGCCGCGACGCACCUGCUCGCCGUGCCAGAGCUCAAGUGGGCGAAGGAGGAGGGCGGCCUCUUCUACCUCGCCCGCAGCGAGUACGACCUCGCGUGCGGGCAGGUUUGA